GGGGGCGACGUGCUUACAAGGGGGACGCGAAGGUGGUCAUUUUAUAAAAGUUUCUUAUACCGGUAUUAGUGAAAUUAGCUUACAUUGCUGGCUAAGGGGGCGCGCGGACGUACCUUUGUUCGUCAAGGGUCCUAGUAGACCAAGUCUACUUUGCAAACUUUGUCAGUCCACUACAAAUCUUCCAGGAUAUUCUAGAUUACAUUUCUGACUUCCCCAUGCAAGAAAGCCGACCACUUACAGUGUUCAAAGAGAAUUAUGCAAUACUACGACUCGACCUGAAUGUAAUUACUAAGCCACUUAAUAAACUAUGACCCCGGAGACAGCACCACUCUCUGAAGUCUGUAAAGCCCACCGUGUGUUUAUCUGAUCGAUCAUUGCAUUUCCUUGAACCGAAUCCUCUCCUCCACGGUAACUCCCGUUAACAAUCCAUCAACACUUCUCACGAAUCAGUCGCUGCGACAAGCACUCCAAUAAUAAGGCUAGAACGGAGGACCCUCCAUAUUCAGUGGCUAACACCUUGAUUGUAAAAGCCUGCUCCUAUUUUUUUUCACCUGUCGCCUUUUAAUGCCCCACAGGUAAGUGCCAGCCUUUGUCAGGCGUUGUCGGGAACUACCUUCACGAUCGAGGACAAUGUGGUAUUUACUACCCGAGUGUCUUGCGUGAUCCACCCCGGCAACAAGAUUAGCACUCCUUGUGGGUCCUUCCGUUGAACCAUGGUGUGUCUGUGAUCAUGUCGAUACGCAGGUUGGAUUCGAUACCACUUUUCUGUUUGUGUUUGGAGGCCCAGCGGACUGGUCGACCGAUCAACGGUGACAACAAGCACUGACAGUGUUGUGUGUGAUGUCGGGAGGGGCUUAGUUUGUCUCUGGUCUUGUCUGUUACACAAGUCGCCGACUUCUCAGUCGGGUGGUCGAGUUAUGCCGCAUGGGGUACUCUCUUUUGUGUAGCGCACAUAGAAAGUUAUCCUGGAAGUUCCGCCUCAUUACCUGAGGACCACUACAGACACCAGGUACGUCAGGUGAGUCGCAGGUACCACAACUCGUGACAAACAUCCACAACAAGUGAUUUCAGGGUGGGGACAGCGGUCACCGGUGCAAGCUCUGCUCGUGGAGUUGUGUGUGCACGCAGUGUGAGGCCGGCGUGCUGGUAUCCUGUAAACAACACACGGAGUACACAACUGCGUGCACGCUCUCUGUGCGACAAUGGCGCGUGCAGAAAGCACAACGAUGCGCGCGAGGAAAGUUUUCUACGACGACCACAACCACGCCUUCUACGUGGAGUCCCGGGUGGAGGCCCUGGAGAGACAGGUGGCUACCCGAGCCAAGCUCACAAAUGUUCUGAACCGCUCGCACGACAGUCGCCUAAGUUACCUGAAGAAAAAGGUGAACUCCGAACAGAACAUUUUCGAGAAGAAAAACGAGCGGGAAACAACUUUUCACCGAGACCAGCUGAAGGAUCACGUGGCCCAUAUGCACGUGUUGCACGACCUCGCACGCACGCAGGUGAGUGAAGGGCGGCGAAACAGUCACCUGGGGGCGUACGGGCUGGGGGCGAGCCGUCUGGACCUGCUCCCACUCAUCGAGCAGUCCGUCAAAGACGACUCGCCCGCGGCGCGCAGGAGGACCAAGUCGCAGAGGAUACAGAGCCGGAGGAGACAGGUGCCAGUGUUCGACAGAACGCAGACCACGUCGGCCCUCCUCAAAAUGAGAUCACAGAUCAUGAGCCGCCCAACGUCUGAAUUCCUGUUCUCUGCGGACUCGACAUCCAGUGGUGUGUCCAGGCGACUCGUGCUGCCCCCUAUCACGCUUCGAAGGUCUCAGGACAGCGGAGGGCACACAACCCCAGGGUCUCACAUUCUGCGAGGCUCGGGCAAGGACUCCCUGUUCCGCACCAAAAACAGUGGGCAGUCCGUUUCUAUAGGUUCUACCGUUUUUAUAACACAAAAACAUUUCUAGUGAUUACUUCUUGUCAGGACCGGUGCUUUCACGGCCAUGAUAUUGAUGAACGCAAGUGUAUCAUUUCUGACUUCUAAGGGACUGCAACGUCUAAGAUUAAGACUGAAACAACUGAAGAAAUACAUUUUUUUAUUUUUUUUUAUUUUAUUUUUUUUUUUUUUUUUUUUUUGCGGCGUCUGUCCAUGAAAAUUUUGCCACAAAAGGUCUACAUUCCCAGUUAAAUAAUGAAAACACUGAGCAGUUAGUGUAGUGAUAUACAUUGCUGUGCCAGCGUGUGGUGCUGCCUAUGCAGUGUAUGGAAGUGCUCCAGCUCGUGUGGUGUUUGCCUACCG